AUGACUCAAGCGCAAAAUCUCGAAACUUCUGCUGAGAGACAAACCCGCUUAGCUAAUGCUCGCCGAUCUCGAAGAGUUUCCCGUAGGCUCUUCGACAACAGUACAGGCGAAUGUAUAGACUUUGGGUCCUUAGAUGUUCAAUGCCAGUUCUGCGGUGCGUUUCACUUUCUUGAAGAGCGGUUGAAAAGCAGCUUUGACCGUCGGCCUACAUUUCCUACUUGCUGUGGCAACGGAAAAGUAUCUUUUCCGACCGCACAGUCUCCCCCACCUUUUCUCAGAGCUCUACUCACCGGCACAGAGCCAAGGGAUCGAAAGUUUCGUAACAGCCUGCAUGUUUAUGACAAUGUCCUCUCUAUGGCUUCUGUUGUGGCAAAGUGGGUAGCGAGGGGGCCUGGAGCGUCCAACUUCAACCCUACAAUGACAAUGCAGGGUCGAAUCUAUCACUACAUGGGUCCUCUCUUGCCUUCGACUUGCCGCGAUCCAGCGUUUCUGUCUGUUUAUAUUCAUGACACAGACUACGCUGAACAGUCUCAGAUCAGAGCAGGACGUGUUCGUGAAUUGGACGAGGGAAUUCUUACUCAGCUCACUGCCAUGCUGCAUCACGUUAACCCCUACGUCCAGACUUUCCAGAGUCUGAGAGAAUGGGCUAGCAAUGACAAUUCUCCGACGCCCUAUCGUAUGCUGAACAGCAAUGGGAAUGAAGUUCUGGAUACCAUCUCUGUGACGCAUAGGUCUUAUGACCCACUGAGCUAUGUGCUAUUGUUUCCUUAUGGGCAAGAUGGGCGGCAUCCGGAGCUGAGACUUCCGCCCAGUGCUGCUUCUGCGUCAUCCAGUACUGCUCCACGUAGGCGCAACAAAGUAACACCCUUGACGUUCUACACAUGGAGACUCUUCCAGAGACCUUCGGAGUUUAGCACGAUCUUGCACGCACGCAGACUCUUUCAGCAGUACUUGGUCGACCAUUACUGCAAAAUUGAGGCUGAGAGGCUAUCGUAUUUGCGGCACAAUCAACAAGCGCUACGCCCAUCUGAUUACACCUCUCUGCGAGAGUCUCUUGGUGACUCCGGGAGUGGCGAGGAUGAGGCUGAUGCUGUGCGUGCUGGCCGAUUGUUCAUACUGCCUUCCACUCAAAUUGAGGGCGAUAGAUACAUGAGACAGCAGAUGCAUGACAUCAUUGCUAUAUCGAGUAAGGUUGGGCACCCUGAUAUCUUUCUCACGGUCACCUGCAAUCCUAACUGGCCUCAGACAGUAUCUCCAAGGAGAGCCCGACACCAGACGCCUCAGGACAGGCCCGAUCUCUGUGGUCGCGUGUUCCGUCUCAAGCUUAAUGCUUUGAUGUCGCAUGUCAUUGACGAGAAGCUCUUCGGAACAGUUGUCGCAAAUGUCCGUGUAAUAGAGUUUCAGAAGCGAGGUCUGCCGCAUGCGCACGUCAUAUUCUUUUUGGAUGAGAGAUCAAAAAAUGAUCUUCGGACACCAGCCAAUGUCGACAGCAUUAUCUCUGCCGAGAUCCCGCCUUCUUGUGAGGCAGAACUGCAAGAAUUGGUCUUGAAACACAUGAUUCAUACCCUUGCGGGUGGCGUGUCUGUACAGAUGCAGAUGAGGAUUGGUAGUUCCCACCGAAUGGUUACUGUUGACAACUCCUGGGUUGUCCCACACAGCCCCAAGCUGCUCCGAACGCUUGCUUGCCAUAUCAAUGUCAAAUUGUGCGUGUCCCGCGUUGGUGGGAUCAAGUAUCUCUUCAAGUAUGUGUGCAAGGGAUCCGACAGAGUAACAAUGGAGAUUAUUGCUGAGAACGAACGGAACGAUGAGAUCAGUAAUUUCCAAGAUGCGAGAUAUGUGUCUGCAUCCGAGGCUACCGGGACGAAACUGGCGGAGUGGUUCAAGGCCAAUGAAAAUUAUCCGGGAGCACGACAUAUAAAAUAUGACGACUUCCCUAGAUACUUCACUUGGAACAGUCCACGAGAGGGCGAGAAGUACUUUCUCCGCUUGCUUCUCAAGCAAUCAUUCCGUUCUUCGUUUGUGCCUCUAUCUCGCGUGUUUGCUACUAUCUUGGCAUACUGCGAGCCUUCUGAUCCACGUGCGCUCUGGAACGAACAUAUGUCGUUAUUCUUGACAGAUAUACGUGCACGCGCACGCGGGCCUGGGAACAGUUCCCGCCGACAACAACUCUCCAAUGAUGAACACGCUCUGUCGUACCCUAUGGAAGACCUUCCCCCGUCGCACGAACGGCCUUCUACGCACUCGGGUCACGUGAACACGGAAGUUCUGGAGCAGCGACUUCAGCAAGCUCUUCCGCUCUUCAAUGAAGGGCAGAGAAAUGCAUUUAAUCGAAUCGUUGAUUCCAUUCUUCCAGAUGUUUCUGCUGCCCCCAACUCACGCGUUUUCUUUCUUGAUGCUCCAGGUGGCACCGGCAAGACUUUCCUUACCAAUUCUAUACAGAACGUGCUCACCAUUCGUGCCAAAACUGUUUUACCUGUUGCCACGUCGGCAGUAGCUGCAGUCUUACUCUAUGGCGGCAGAACUGCGCAUUCAGUCUUUAAGAUUCCUGUACCUCUUCUGUCAGAUAAUACGUGUAACAUCUCGCCGAACUCCACGUUAGGUGAAGAUAUGAAAGACGUCGACUUGAUCAUAUGGGAUGAGAUCGUAAUGUGCCAUAGGUAUUGUAUAGAAGCCGUAGACCGCACCCUACGCGACCUGACUGGCACCCACUUUCCUUUCGGCGGUAAACACGUCCUGUUUUCUGGAGACUUUCGCCAGAUUCUUCGAGUCGUUCCGGGCGGGUCAAGAGCACAGAUAGUCAAUGCAUGUAUCAGAUCCUUGAAUCUCUUCCGAGGAUUCGAAUCGCUCUCUCUCACUGAGAACAUGAGACUUUCAGCUCUCCACCAAGAUACGUCCGCAGGCCACGAGGCUCUUCAGUUCGCACCUCACCCUAGCAAGAACAGUGCUCUGCCAGAAAUCAAUGAGAUUGUUGGAGACAUGAUUCUGGGUGCGUAUUGCACGUUCUUGAGUGCAGACAAAGUAGAGAACGAAGACCGAAACGCCCUCAGAUAUCCGGUAGAACUAUUGAAUACACCGACUGCGGGUUCUUCUCUACCAGACCAUCAACUAAAGUUGAAGAAGGGUUUCGUUGUCAUGCUUCUUCGGAACCUAAAUCCUAACGAUGGACAUGUCAACGGCGCUAGGCACUUAGUGGAUGGCAUGUCUAACAGCUUGCUUUGUCUCCGCGUAGCUACUGGAAGUCAUCUGGGAAAGCCACUCUGCCUGCCUCGCAUGCCCUGCGGACCCGGAGACGACAACUUUCCUGUCCCAGGAUUUACAAGGACCCAGGUUCCCAUUCGCGCUUCCUUCGCCAUGACUACAAACAAGGCGCAGGGACAGUCUUUUGGAGGACUCCUGAGACUAGAUCUUAGAAACCACUGCUUCUCUCACGGUCAACUAUAUGCUGCCUUGUCCAGGACCACACAUCCCGGCAACGUCGUUGUUUUGAUACCGGACGCAGAUAAAACUACCCGCAACGUAGUGUAUCCUGAAGUCAUUUCGUAG